AUGUUGGAGUCCAUAAGAAAGGUAAAGGAAAAUUGCAAAAAGUUCUUGCAACGCUUGUAUCCUGAGGGAGUCAUUCCAGUAGAUGCCUUGAUGGUGUGCCUGGCAGCAGUUUUCAUAUCCAGGUUUUACAUUUUGAGAGAAGCUCGCUCUGCAGGCGUCAAAGUUACCCCGCUCGUCUGGCUUUUUAAACAAGUAUACUUUUCGUACUUGAAUUAUGAUCCAUGGUGGGAGCUGACGAAGAGGAUACUCGGUCUGAUCGGCAAUUCAUCCGACAUUGAAGCUGCAAGCACCAUCUUUUCUGACAUGCUCGAUGAGUUGAAACUACAGGUAGGCUGGGACGGCAUUGUGAUAAGACGAAUGCCAAGAACUAUCGCGUUUAUUGGAGAACAGGUUUACGAGCAAGACUGUGAAUGA